AUGGCGGCGGCGGCGGUUGCCGUGAGCGGCGGACACUGGAGGAGACUGCGGACGCUCGGCCGGGGCGCGUCGGGCGCCGUGGUGUCGCUGGCGUCGGACGCCGCGUCGGGGGAGCUGUUCGCAGUCAAGUCAGCCGGCGCGCGCGACGCGGCGGCGCUGCGGCGGGAGCAGGCGGUGCUGUCGGGGCUGUCCUCGCCCCACGUCGUGCGCUGCGUCGGCGGCGGCGAGGGCGCGGAGGAAGGGUCGUACCAGCUCUUCCUCGAGUACGCCCCCGGCGGGUCGCUCGCCGACGAGGUGGCCCGGAAUGGGGGCUCGCUCGAGGAGCGCGCCAUCCGUGCGUACGCCGCGGACGUGCUGCGCGCGCUGGCGUACCUCCACGGCGACCGCUCCGUCGUGCACGGCGACGUCAAGGCGCGGAACGUGCUGAUCGGCGCCGACGGGCGCGCCAAGCUCGCCGACUUCGGGUGCGCGAGGGCGUUCGGCUCCGCGCGACCGAUCGGCGGCACGCCAGCGUUCAUGGCGCCCGAGGUUGCCCGCGGGGAGGACCAGGGCCCCGCCGCCGACGUCUGGGCGCUCGGCUGCACGGUCAUCGAGAUGGCCACCGGCCGCGCCCCCUGGAGCGACACGGGUGACGACGUCCUCGCGGCGGUCCACUGGAUCGGGUACACGGACGCCGUGCCGGAGGUGCCGUUCUGGCUGUCGGCGGAGGCCGAGGAUUUCUUGGCGUGCUGUUUCGCGAGAGACGCCGCCGACCGAUGGACCGCCGCGCAGCUCUUGGAGCACCCGUUCGUGGCAUUUGCGGAUCAUGACGACAAGGCCCGGCGGUGGGUGUCUCCCAAGAGCACGCUGGACGCCGCAUUCUGGGAGUCCGAGUCGGAGUCCGAGGACGACACGGCGGACGAGGUGUUGUCAGGGAAUGAUGCGUCAGAGAGGAUCAAGUCACUGGCGUCCUCCGCCUCCGCCUGCGCCUUGCCCGACUGGGACAGCGAGGAGGACGGAUGGAUCGACGUGCUCGGCGAGCAGCAGCAGGUCGAGGCGGCUUGCGGCGCGGUCCCGGUGGCGCGCUGCGCGCCAGGCAAAGUGUCCAGCGCCCUGGCGGUGCCAGCUGGGGAGGUGGCUGUCGGCGGCGGCGGCGGCCUCGGCCUCCCCAGUGAUGAUGAACUGGAAGCAGACGACGUGCCGUUCGGUGGCGGCGAUGUUCCAGCAGCCGCGGAUGCUUCAGUUGAGCGUCAGGAGAAACACUAUUUGAGUUCGCACUGUCAUGUAGCACUCUCAUGUCAGUUAGUGCCUUGUAAUCUAGUCAUUAAUGCAAUAAAGUUAUGGGUUCCCACAAAUUUUUGCUGUGCUGCUCUGUUCGAUUCCCCUCGUCAUCAUAAUACUCUGCUCAUGCCUAAUUUUCAUCGGUACGCGAGACAGGCCACGAUCGGCUCUACUACAUGCAACGGCCGCACGUGCAAUAUAGGUAGAAAUAAUCUGCCACAGUAA